CACAUGUUUCUAGUUUGUAUAUUCGGAAUACGUGUUUGAGUUUCAUACAAGUGCAAAUCACAUAUGUUCUAAUAAAUUAUAUUCAGUAGCGAUUUUAAUUGAAUAUUUUGAUUAUUUAUUUAUUUUUUCAAAUUAAAACUGAACUUUAUUGACUGUGUCCUUUUCCAGACUUUUUAUUAAUUUAUUGUAAUUAAUUAUUUGCAUGCAAUUAAAAACUAAUUUUAAACGAUGCCAAAGAAGGAUAACUUCUCACGCGCCUACAUAAGUACACGCACCCAUUUUUUUUCUUUCUUUCCCCCUUUUGGCACGAGAAGAAGUAUAUACUUGCGCUGUUUUUUUCUUUCAAUAGUGAUUUGUGAUAUAAGUGUGUGGAUGUCCAACUAAAUUGUUUGUUUAUUUCGUACGUCUCGUAUAACACACGUACUAGAUUAUUCCGUUGUUUUCUCAUGUAAGUGAUUUUUUUGUUCUGUUUUGAGAAAUAAAUGUCUUAAACAAUACACUUGCGCUGUCUAUUUCAAUCUUUGUCUAUGGUUCCCGCGCGAGGGAGGUGCGGUAGCUCUCAUGAUCGAUUCUAUCUUGUCGAUGUUCGCUUCGGCGUAUUAUUGUUUGGUUUGGUUGGUGGAUUUAUUUACAUUUUACUCUUUUGCGGAUCGUUAUGCAUGUAAGAAGUGAAUUAGUUACAAAUGAUUCGUAUUUGUGUCUAAUGAUUAUUUUUAAUUAAGUAGCUGUGACUUAUAAUUGGUGUUGUAAUUAGAAUUUGGAUUUUAAACAGAAAUCUCAUAAAAGCUUUCUAAGAAUAAUGGCUUCUAAAGUCAUUUUAUUUUUUAUCAUUGCCGUGACCGCUGAGCGCGCCUCUUCACUAGAAGGUGAUACGGUCGCGGAAGCGGUGAACAACACAGAUUUAGUAAAUAUGCAGUGGGGUAUUUGCUUGAAAUGUAUAUGCAAGGAUGACAAAGUGGAUUGCUCCAACCAGGAGCUCACCAAGUACUUCUCUAAGGACGAAUGGGCAGCUUUGAAAGACUUCAAACCCAGAACAAUAGACAUGAGCUACAACUCCUUCGAGAACAUUACAGUUAUGGCAGAGCUUCCUAUAGAGGUCUUAAACCUAUCCAGAUGCGGCAUACAGUCUAUAGAGUCUCAUGCCUUCCUAUCCCUGCAGAACUUGAAGGUUUUAGACUUAAGCCACAAUAAAUUGACUUCGUCAUAUGGUCCGCAAGUUGAUGGAUAUACACGUCCGAGGUACAAGCCUUUGAUGUCUAUAGAAGUCCUGAAUCUCGCCUACAACGACCUGCACUCUUUUAAUUUGGACCUCUUCAAUCAGAUAACGCACCCGACAGAGUUGGAUUUGAGCGGCAAUCCUAUGAGCAACACCAAUGAUGAUGAUGAUAAAUUUGUAGAAGAGCGAUGGGCGAGAGGGACGAAGAUUCUGCAUUUGCGGUCGUGCCACCUGGAAGCGAUAAAUAGCCUUUUCCUGUUCUCUUUCGGAAGCGUAACACGUCUGGACCUGAGCGACAACCUCCUGACCGUAGUGCCCGACGGGUUGGGCGAGCUGAGGGGCCUUCUCUACUUGAACCUCAACCAGAAUCCCAUCAGAGCACUGGUCAGAGACCCUAUGAGACCGGGCUACCCCUAUCUUACGAAGUUAAAGGAAUUGCAUAUGUGCAACAUGCCAAACUUGACCGAGAUUGGUGACGGAGCGAUGGCAAGCCUGAGGAGCCUGGAGAAGCUGCAUUUGAGUUUCAACCCUCAGUUGAGGCGCAUAAGUCGUACAGCUCUUGUGCGCCACACAGGGCAGGAUCAUGAGAGUCCUAUGGUGAAAGAACUGUAUAUGAAGUCUAACGCUCUCUCCGAGUUGGAUCCAAAACUGCUGUCCCGCUGGGACCUGCUUAGCGCCAUAGAUGUGUCCGGCAACCCGUUCAGAUGCGACUGUGAAACCCAGUGGAUGGUGAACAAUCUGGUGCCUAUCGUCGAUAAGAUCAAUCCGAACGCGUCGAUAGAUAUGGUAUGUUCAGAGCCCGAGGAGAUGAGAGGUAUCACUAUGAGGCACCUGUAUGAGAACAAUCGCAUCAAGCGCUGCGGAGAGGAACAGAGGCCAGAACGACACGUUUUCGUGCCAGGAGGCGCUAUGCUGACGUCCAUAUCUGAACUCCUAUUGGUGUGCUGCUUGCUGUUUCCAUUGUGGUGGCUGUAAUCUUAUUUUGGAAAAUGGAUGAUGUUAAAAUGGAGGAUGUUUUGCUUUCCUUGGAUUCAAAAGAUAUACAACUACUACAUUGACAGAGUAAUCAAUUUCGGAUUUUUUUAGAAUCUUUCUUCCCAUUUCUCUGAUUACCUCUCCACAAAAAGUUUUUUAAAGAAAAAAUAAAUACAAAUAAUUUGUAAUCGUCGGCCUGACAGGAAAUCUGCGAAAUUUUAUUUUGUCCAUUUGCAAAAAUUAAAGGAUUAAUUAACAAACAGCCUUGUCUCAAGUCUGAUCCGAAUAAUAAAAUCUAUUAUUUUAGGCCUUCAGUGAUUUGUUAUAAUAAAAAUUAGGUCCAAAUAUGUCAUAGUUUCAAGGAGUUUAGAAAUAAUAUUGUGUGAUUCGAUAUACUAACGCAAAUAUUUUUUGUGUACAUUUAUUGUUCAUUUAUUUUGUAAAACGGAACAUUUUGCAGACAUGAAGUCAAUUUUUAUAUUUUUAAAUAUUUGAUUAUUUCACGAAAGUUGUAUGGGAAUAAAAAACAUGUAAUUCGCGUGGAUUUUUUUCUAGUAAACUUUUCUUUAGAUUUAAACAUGUAAUAAUUAAUAAAAAAAUAUUAUAAAGUUACGGGCUAGUGCGAAAUGUUUAUACAUGUUAAGGGCAGUUUCUUAUCAUGUCCUUUAGGAUAGGAAAGUUGAGUCUAGGAGAGAGAAUGGGUAAAUGUAAGAGAGGAAAGCGGAAAACAGGAUAGAUAGUGAUUAAAGAUUUACUUACAUGAGUGGCUUAAGACGUGAUUUUUUUUACAAAAUUGAUUUGUAUUUUAUUUCUUUGUAACGUGGUUUUUUUUCUAUGAUUUUAUAAACUGCGUCACUCAAAACUUGAUGGCUAAAUUUUAUUGACUUAUUUGACUACAGUGUCCGAUGAUUGAAUUAUUUUUAAGUACCUACGUAAAGUCUCAUUAUACCAUCACAAUUUUGAUCAUUAUUUUGAUAAUUUAUACAGGUUAUAAAAAGUAAAGUCCCAUCAAAGCUGUCAAUUUGUCCAUGAUACUGUUUUAACAGCGUUAACCGUUCACAACAUAAGUUUAAAGAUUGUAUAAAUCGAAAAAUAAAUUAAAUAAGCACCUGUUUUGUUAGCAUUUAAAUUAUAAGCAUUUAAUAUGGAAUAGCACAAUAAUUAUAUCCUUAAGAUUGUGGGCGAGCGAUGUUAUUUAUAUUUUAUUAAAGGUUUACGACUAAGAAGACUUAAAAUAUUGUUUAAAUAUUACUAGAGAUGUACUUAAAAGUCUUAUCUAUUUAUUUUCCUGGAAACUUUUAUUAAAGUGUUUAUUUUUAA